AUGGCGGCUGCCGCGCUCUCGGCUUGGCUGGUCUUGCAGCCCGGGGCCAGGACUCUGCGUGUCUUUUCCACCGCAGUAUCUCCGGCCACUCACGCGGUGAGACCAAGCUCGCAUGCAACAGAAAACACUAAAACAUCCAAAAAUGCAAGACAGAUGAAAAGGAAGGUACUCCCUCCCAGGACAGAGAAAAUGGCCGUUGACCAGGACUGGCCCAGUGUUUAUCCUGUUGCAGCACCAUUUAAACCCUCUGCUGUACCUCUUCCUGUUCGAAUGGGUUAUCCAGUAAAAAGAGGGGUACCCAUGGCAAAGGAGGGAAAUCUAGAACUUUUAAAGAUUCCUAAUUUUCUGCAUUUGACUCCCGUAGCAAUUAAAAAGCACUGUGAAGCUCUUAAAGAUUUCUGCACUGAGUGGCCAGCUGCACUAGACAGUGAUGAGAAAUGUGAGAAGCAUUUUCCAAUUGAAAUUGACACAGCUGAUUAUGUUUCAACAGGACCAUCUGUUCGAAACCCCAAAGCACGAAUAGUAACUUUAAGAGUCAAACUUUCCAGUCUGAAUUUAGAUGAUCAUGCAAAGAAGAAACUUAUUAAACUUGUAGGAGAGCGAUACUGCAAGACCACAGAUGUGCUUACCAUCAAAACAGAUAGAUGUCCUUUAAAGAGACAGAAUUAUGAUUAUGCAAUGUAUCUACUGACUGUUUUAUACCAUGAAUCUUGGAAAACUGAAGAAUGGGAGAAAAAUAAGACUGAGGCAGAUAUGGAAGAGUAUAUAUGGGAAAAUAGCUCCUCAGAAAAAAAUAUCCUGGUAACUCUUCUCCAAAUUAAAGCUGCUGACAAAAAUAUGGAUGUGAAUAAAGAAGAGCUCCUUAGUACUAAAGAAGUUGAGAAUUAUAAAAAUUCUGUUGUCAGUCUUAAGAAUGAGGGGGAAAAUGAAAAUACCAUUUCUCAGUACAAAGAAUCAGUGAAGAAACUGUUGAAUUUGGCUUGAAUAUGAAGUAGGAAAAUCAGCUUGAUUUAUUAAUUUUAUAAUGUUAUGCCUUACUUUGUUUAAUGUAUAUGUAAUCAAUAUCUAAUUUGAUAUAAAAUUAAAAAUGUUUUAAAAAUA